GAUUGGUACACAGUGCGCCACCGAUCACAUGGCCGAUACGGGUAGCGGGGCCGUCCUCACUGACGCAGGCGGCACAGGCAGCGGGGGCUGCAGGGGCGCGGACGACGGCGCCGCACCAGUCGCAGGCCGGCGCCCGGCCCGAGAAGUCUGCUGUGCUGAGCUGGUACUGUGCUGACAGCGCCCUAUUUUACUGUGUGGUACUGCGCUGUGGUACAGCAGCCGGUCCGUACUGGUUACAGCUCCUGCUGACCGCCACAGCUAAGGAUGGGGACGCGCCAGUGGCUGCUGUCGACCGGCGACCUGGACCGGUGGACGCUGGGAGCGGCCGGGGCCACCGCCGCCUCCGCCGCCGCCCUCCUCUGGUACAUGACCAGGGGCUGCUCGGUGAAGUCCGAGUACUAUGAGCGGGUGCGGCGCCGGCUGGACCUGGAGCGUCACCGGCGGCAGCUGCUGACCCAACAGCUGACUGCCGGCGGUCAGCUGAUGACCGUGCAGCGCCAGCUGAUUGUGGAGCUGCCGCUGGCCCAGCUCAUCGAGCAGCUGCAGAGCGGCAAAAUCACCGCCACAGAGGCGCUGCGGGCCUACCAGGCCAAGGCCAUGGAACUCACGGAGCAGUACAACUGCAUCACCGAGUUUGUGACAACCGCUGAGGAGCGGGUGGCGGCACUGGACGCCCUGCCAGAGUCCAAGCGAGGCCCGCUGCACGGCGUACCCAUCAGCGUCAAGGACUCCAUAGACCUGGAGGGGUUCGACUCGACGCUCGGGCUGGCCAAGUACCUGGACAGGCCGGCCGCCAGUAACGCGCCGCUAGUGCAGACGCUCAUUGACCUGGGCGCAGUGCCGUUCUGCAAGACCAACGUGCCGCAGACUCUGAUGAGUUUCGGCUGCAGUAACCCGGUGUGGGGCGUCACGACCAACAUCCGUGAUCCGGCGCGGGUGCCGGGCGGCUCGUCGGGCGGCGAGGCCGUCCUGGUGGCCGCCGGCGGCUCGCCGCUCGGCCUGGGCUCCGACAUUGGCGGCAGCGCGCGCGUGCCGGCGCUCUUCAGCGGCUGCUGCGGCUUCAAGCCCACCUGCGGACGCGUCAGUUCGGUGGGCGAGACCAGUUUUAUGCCGGCGUGCACUGGAGUGCUGCCGACGCUGGGCUUCCUGGCCCGCGAGCCGUCCGACGUGCGGCGCGUGCUGCGUCUCAUCACCACGCCGCUGCCCGGCGCCGACAUGUACCGACUGGACCCGCUGCUGCCCAGGGUCCUCUGGAACGAAUCGCUGGAGUCUGCGGGCCGUCCGUGGCGCGUGGGCUACCUGUCGGAGCUGCCGUUCUGUCCGGUGACGCCCGGCGUGCGGCGCGUGCUCACCGAGACGGUGUCGGCGCUGGAGGCGGCCGGCAUGGAGCUGGUGCCCUUCCAGCUCGACUGCGGCCCGGCCGAGCUGCAGCUUUUCUUGCAGCAGGCGCUGCCGGACAACGGCGCCUUCCUGGGCAGGGCACUUGAGAACGAGGUCCUGGAUGUGUCCGUGGCCGACCUGGCUAACGGCAUGAAGCUGCCCACCUGGGUGCGGCCUCUCAUCAGCUGGGUCCUCGGCAGCCGGUACCGGUUCGCCAGCAGCCGCCUCAAAGCAUGGACGGCCGACCCGGAGCAGGCGGUGGUGUUGCGCGCCGCCCGGGACCAGUACGUGCAGCGCACCGUCACCAGGUGGCGCGCGGCGCGCCUCGACCUGCUGCUGCUGCCCGGCUUCGCCUGCCCGCCGCCGCCCCGCGACAAGGUGGCAGAGCUGAUAGUGGGCGGCCUGUACACGAUGCUGAUGAACCUGCUGAACUUCCCGGCGGGGAUCCUGACGGUAGACAGGGAGACGGAGGAGGACCAGGCCGCGCUCGAGCACUACCCCACUCCCAGCGUCGAGCUCCAAUGGUUCAAGGACGCGUCCCGCGGCGCGCUGGGCCAGCCUCUCGGCGUCCAGGUGGCCGCCCUGCCCUGGAUGGAGGAACAGCUCCUGGCCGGCAUGUGCGACAUAGAGCGCGCCAUCGAAAAACACUACCGCAAAACGUGAACCCGCCGGCUCGCCACAGUCGACCUGGGCUCACCACGGACAGACCCUGGCACUCUCGCACUGACCAGUACUUGUAGAUAGUAGCCAGAGCCUAGAGACAGGACACCACGUAGAAAAAAGCGUCUUCCGUGCGGCCUGCUGGAGAGAAGCCUUUCCGUUCCGGGGCGCAGGGAACUGGCGAGAAUGAGAGCAGCACAUCACUUUGGUCAGCGUAGUUAGAUUUCAACAGAAGUGGGCUCCUGAGAGUGUUACGCCACGCCUAAGCCAAGUAUUUUUGCUAGGGCGACGUGGUAGUUAACCGUGCAUACCCGUGGCGCUUUGGCCCUGCUAGAAGGCUGUUAGGGUGUUGGGAUUGAAUAUUAUGCGACUGCCACUCGGGGUUGGCCUGGGGAUUUUCGUGUCACAAUAUCAGCUGCUCGAGGGCUGAGCGGUGCAUUCGAGCUAAUCCCAAUGUGACGGCUAUGUGACACUAACGCUUCGGGUGGUUUGAAACGCUUAUUUAAGAUUUAAACCUGGCAAACAGUGCCUUAUUUUCAUGCUUGUGUACCAAUGUUCCGAUGCAUCUGAUGCUUUAUGGUAGUAGUGGGGCAUUUCGUUCUCCAGGGUACUUUAAAAGAACAGGAACUUGAAACAAUGCUUUAGGAAAGCACCUAGUGACCGAAUACAACGGAAACCGACUUCACAA